GUAAGCAGCGUGCGACGGGGCAGCCUGGGCUCCGGAGUUGGCAGUAGCGGCGGACAGAGAUGGCUGCGCCCACGGAGCGGUGCUGCGGCGGCGGCGGAGGAUUCGCUGGGUGUCCGCGGACGGUGAGGUGUUGGUGGCGGCUCGCGGUGCUCCUGCUCUCCGUGUCCUCCCUGCCGACGGUCACCGCGCUGGUGGAGGGCCUGUACUGCGGCACCGAGGUCUGCUACGACGUGCUCGGUGUCACCCGGGAGGCCGCCAAAGCGGACAUCGCCCGGGCUUACCGGCAGCUGGCGCGCCGGUACCACCCGGACAGGUUCAGACCGGGAGAUCCCGGUUUAGAGGGAGAGACCAACGAGUCCGCCCAGAAGAAGUUUCUGCUCGUUGCGACCGCGUACGAGACGUUAAAGGAUGAGGACACUCGGCGGGACUACGACUACAUGCUAGACCAUCCUGAGGAGUACUACCAGCACUACUACGCCUACUACCGCCGACAGCUCACCCCCAAAGUGGACGUCAGAGUCGUCAUCCUGGUCACCAUCUGUGCCAUCUCCAUCUUCCAGUACUACAGCUGGCACAGCAGCUACAACGAGGCCAUCAACUACCUGGUGACGGUGCCAAAGUACCGAAUCCAGGCCACGGAGAUCGCCAAGCAGCAGGGCCUCCUCAACCGCACCAAGGAGAAGGGCAAGAACCGCCGCUCCAAAGAGGAGAUCCGGGAGCAGGAGGAGGAGGUGAUCCGCGACAUCAUCAAAACCAAGAUUGACAUCAAAGGGGGCUACCAGAAGCCCAACCUGUCGGACAUCCUGCUGUGCCAGAUCGUGCUCUUCCCCUACUACCUGACCACCUACGUGGCCUGGUACGUCUCCUGGGUUUACCGCUUCACCAUCUGCAGGGAGGACUACGGAGACGAGGAGAAGCUCUACAUCAUCCGGAGGUACAUGAAGAUGUCUCAGUCUCAGUUUGACAGUCUGGAUGAAAACACCAAACAGUCCUACGUGGAGAAACAGCUCUGGAUCAAAGAAAACUACGAGGUGUACAGAAAGGAGCAGGAGGAGGAGAUGAAGGUAAAGAUGGCGACUGACCCGAGGAUGAAGAGGUACCGCCGCUGGAUGAGGAACGAGGGACCGGGCCGGCUCACAUUCAUGGACGACUGAAGGCCAGGAGCUCCGUCUGUGACAUACACACCUGCCUCAGUGCCAGCAUACACGGACAACACGCGCCGUGCUGUGUGGAGAAAUACCUGUACAGAAAGAUUAACUAUGCCUGUUUAUAUAGUGAGAGAUAUUUUCAUAGCGAUCAAGCCUCUUAAAGCCGAUGACUACGUGGAUUAAACUGUGAGCUGGGGCUGCAGAGUAAUUUUUUACAUCAUGCUAUUUUUAUUUUUCAAACCAACAAGCUCAUUUCUUUUUAAAUAAGUUCAAUGAUAAUCGAUGGAGGGGUUUUUUUCUGUAAUUUUCUGCAGCCAUUUUUUUAUUUUUUUGUUCUCUCCUGCUGUUAAAAACAGAUGUUUGAAUGAGUUUUGAUGCCUGAGUUUUUGUGAAAUGGUUUUCUGCUGGAUAACUGACACAUCCAGGUGCCAAGUGAUCAACGUACCACAUAGUAACCAGAAGGCUACCAGUCUGACCCCUGCUACAAGCCAACAGUACUGUCAAAGUGUCCUUGGGCAAGGCACCGGACCGCUGCCUGCUCACCCUGUAAGCUGCUCCAGAGCAUCAGCUAAAAGUCUAUUAGCAUGUAUUGAUUUUAUGAUGAAUAAACCAGGGCCAAGGAGUCUUUUUGAGAAGAAGGAUAUCAAUUUUGAACUUGUGCAUUUAGAAUGUGUUUAGCCUAGCUUAGCACAAAGACUGGAAGCAGGGGAAACCGUUAGCCUAGCUCUGUGAUAAGUGAAAAAUACAAAAUUAUAACCUUCCAUUAUGUCCGAAGCCCUUUGGGGUACGUUAUCUUGAUUAGUGAAAAGAGUAGAAAUGUAAAAAAGACGAGGUGAAACUGAUAUCCAUCUUCUCAUCUGACUCUGGAAUAGGACAGAGGGUUCCUUUGUUUACCAGAGAGGACACUGAUAAACUGGUUAACAGACGAUCACCUCCAGAGAUUUUCUGUCUCUUCCGAUCUGAUCUGUGUUGUUGAAGCUUUUCUAUCGGAAAAAGAAAGCAGAAGCAAAAGGAGAUAAGCACAUUUAAAAUGUUUGCGUGUUAUUGUGUAAAUGGAAGCCAAAGUCACAGCUGCAAGCGUCUGUACAUUUUGCAAAGGCUGCUGUUUCUCACACAGGGAGUUUGUGAUUGUGGUUUCCGCUCUGUCUCUUGAGAAGUUCAGGUGACCGCUUGCUGUUUACUGCAUUUUAAAUAACUUUUACCUAAAAUUAUUUAUUGUUUCACAUUUCACUGGUCUUUUUGUUGUCGUUUUGGUGUUGAGGCGGCAUUAAACUCAUACUGUAACUAUACAGUCAUACUUUGACAUGAACGCCACAGAAUAGGGUUUCUAAUAAAUAUAUAUAAAAAUA